GGACUGAGCCCCGCCCCCCGGCCCCGAGCCCGCCGAGCGCCGCCGCCGGAGCCCGCGCCGCCCACCCGCACCAUGCUCAAGUGCAUCCCGCUGUGGCGCUGCAACCGGCACGUGGAGUCGGUGGACAAGCGGCACUGCUCGCUGCAGGCCGUACCCGAGGAGAUCUACCGCUACAGCCGCAGCCUGGAGGAGCUGCUGCUCGACGCCAAUCAGCUGCGCGAGCUGCCCAAGCCCUUUUUCCGGCUGCUGAACUUGCGCAAGCUGGGCCUGAGCGACAACGAGAUCCAGCGGUUACCUCCCGAGGUGGCCAACUUCAUGCAGCUGGUGGAGCUGGACGUGUCCCGGAAUGAUAUCCCUGAGAUCCCAGAGAGCAUCAAGUUCUGCAAAGCUUUGGAGAUCGCGGACUUCAGCGGGAACCCCCUUUCCAGGCUCCCCGAUGGCUUCACUCAGCUGCGCAGCCUGGCUCACCUGGCCCUCAAUGAUGUGUCCUUGCAGGCACUGCCCGGGGACGUGGGCAACCUCGCCAACCUGGUGACCCUGGAGCUCCGGGAGAACCUGCUCAAGUCCCUGCCAGCGUCCCUGUCUUUUCUGGUCAAGCUGGAACAGCUGGAUCUGGGAGGCAACGACCUGGAAGUGCUGCCGGACACUCUGGGGGCUCUGCCUAAUCUUCGGGAGCUGUGGCUUGACCGGAACCAGCUGUCAGCACUGCCCCCGGAGCUUGGGAACCUGCGGCGUCUGGUGUGCCUGGACGUGUCGGAAAACCGGCUGGAGGAGCUGCCUGCUGAGCUCGGCGGGCUGGUGCUGCUUACUGACCUGCUGCUGUCCCAGAACCUGCUGCGGCGGCUGCCCGACGGUAUCGGUCAGCUGAAGCAGCUGUCCAUCCUAAAGGUAGACCAGAACCGGCUGUGUGAGGUGACCGAGGCCAUCGGGGACUGUGAGAACCUCUCAGAGCUGAUCCUCACGGAGAACCUGCUGAUGGCCCUGCCGCGCUCCCUGGGAAAGCUGACGAAGCUGACCAACCUCAACGUGGACCGGAACCACCUGGAGACGCUGCCGCCCGAGAUCGGGGGCUGCGUGGCACUCAGCGUCCUCUCCUUGAGGGACAACCGCCUGGCCGUCCUGCCGCCGGAGCUGGCCCACACGGCCGAGCUGCACGUGCUGGAUGUGGCAGGGAACCGGCUACAGAGUCUGCCGUUCGCGCUCACCCACCUCAACCUCAAGGCCCUGUGGCUGGCGGAGAACCAGGCGCAGCCCAUGCUGCGGUUCCAGACGGAGGAUGAUGCCCGGACUGGCGAGAAGGUGCUCACCUGCUACUUGCUGCCCCAGCAGCCUCCAUCCAGCCUCGAGGAUGCUGGGCAGCAGGGGAGCCUCUCGGAGAGCUGGAGUGAUGCCCCGCCGAGCCGCGUCAGCGUCAUCCAGUUCCUGGAGGCCCCCACAGGUGAUGAGGAUGCUGAGGAAGCUGCAGCCGAGAAGCGGGGCCUGCAGCGCCGGGCCACACCUCACCCCAGCGAGCUCAAGGUGAUGAAGAGGAGCAUCGAGGGGCGGCGGAGCGAGGCCUGCCCUUGCCAGCCAGACCCUGGGUCGCCCUUGCCUGCGGAGGAGGAGAAGCGGCUGAGUGCCGAGUCUGGCCUGAGUGAAGACUCUCGCCCGUCUGCCAGCACAGUCUCUGAGGCUGAGCCCGAGGGCCCAUCGGCUGAGGCACAGGGUGGAAGCCAGCAGGAGGCCAUGAGUGCUGGUGGGGAGGAAGACGCCGAAGAGGACUAUGAGGAGCCUGCGGUGCAUUUUGCGGAGGACGCACUGCUGCCCGGGGAUGACCGGGAGAGCGAGGAGGGGCAGCCUGAGGCCCCCUGGACCCUGCCGGGCGGGAGGCAGCGGCUCAUCCGCAAGGACACGCCUCACUACAAAAAGCACUUCAAGAUCUCCAAGCUGCCCCAGCCGGAGGCCGUUGUGGCCCUGCUGCAGGGCAUGCAGCCCGAUGGGGAGGGCCCUGUGGCUCCCGGGGGCUGGCACAAUGGCCCCCACGCACCCUGGGCUCCUCGGGCCCAGAAGGAGGAGGAGGAGGAGGAGGAAGAGGGUAGUCCUCAGGAGGAGGAGGAGGAGGAAGAGGAGGAAAGCAGGGCUGAAGAGGAGGCCAGCACUGAGGAGGAGGACAAGGAGGGGGCCGUGGCUUCUGCGCCCUCUGUCAAGGGGGUGUCGUUUGACCAGGCCAAUAACCUGCUGAUAGAGCCUGCUCGCAUUGAGGAGGAAGAGCUGACCCUCACCAUCCUGCGGCAGACUGGGGGCCUGGGCAUCAGCAUUGCGGGCGGCAAGGGCUCCACACCCUAUAAGGGGGACGACGAGGGCAUAUUCAUCUCUCGGGUGUCCGAGGAAGGCCCUGCGGCCCGGGCUGGAGUCCGCGUGGGUGACAAGCUCUUGGAGGUGAAUGGCGUGGCUCUGCAGGGCGCCGAGCACCAUGAGGCCGUGGAGGCGCUCAGGGGGGCAGGCACUGCCGUGCAGAUGCGAGUGUGGCGGGAGCGCAUGGUGGAGCCUGAGAACGCGGUCACCAUCACACCUCUGCGACCUGAGGACGACUACAGCCCCCGGGAGCGGCGGGGAGGGGGGCUGCGCCUGCCCCUGCUCCCAGCUGAGAGCCCUGGGCCCCUCCGUCAGCGCCACGUGGCCUGCCUGGCACGCAGUGAGAGGGGGCUGGGCUUCAGCAUUGCUGGCGGGAAAGGCUCCACGCCAUACCGGGCUGGUGAUGCGGGCAUCUUCAUCUCCCGCAUUGCCGAGGGCGGUGCUGCUCACCGUGCGGGUACACUGCAGGUUGGCGACCGUGUCCUCUCUAUUAAUGGAGUGGACGUGACUGAGGCCAGGCAUGACCACGCCGUCUCCCUGCUGACUGCUGCCUCCCCCACCAUCGCCUUGCUGUUGGAGCGGGAGGCUGGGGGCCCUCUUCCUCCCAGUCCUCCGCCACAUUCCUCCUCACUCCCCACCGCUGCUGUUGCCAUCACCAGCACCACCACCACCAGCAUAACCACUGCCACCCCCGGGGAGCCUGGGUUGCCAAGCCUGGCCCCCAGCCUGCUGGCCGCCACCUUGGAAGGGCCAUACCCAGUGGAGGAGAUCCGUCUGCCAAGAGCUGGGGGCCCUCUGGGGCUUAGCAUUGUCGGAGGCUCCGACCAUUCCAGCCACCCAUUUGGUGUCCAGGAGCCUGGUGUAUUCAUCUCCAAGGUGCUCCCGCGGGGCCUGGCCGCUCGCAGCGGCCUAAGGGUUGGGGACCGCAUCCUGGCAGUGAACGGGCAAGACAUGCGGGACGCCACGCACCAAGAAGCAGUCAGCGCCCUGCUCCGGCCCUGCCUGGAGCUGUCGCUGCUGGUGCGGAGGGACCCGGCGCCCCCGGGCCUACGGGAGCUGUGCAUCCAGAAGGCACCUGGGGAGAGGCUGGGCAUCAGCAUCCGCGGGGGUGCCAGGGGCCACGCUGGCAACCCCUGCGACCCCACAGACGAGGGCAUCUUCAUCUCCAAGGUGAGCCCCACAGGGGCGGCUGGGCGUGACGGUCGGCUGCGUGUGGGUUUGCGGCUGCUGGAGGUGAACCAGCAGAGCCUGCUGGGCCUGACGCACGGGGAGGCGGUGCAGCUGCUGCGUGGUGUGGGCGACACGCUCACCGUGCUGGUCUGCGACGGCUUCGAUGCCGGCUCCUCGGCAGCCCUGGAGAUGUCCCCAGGUGUCAUUGCCAACCCCUUUGCGGCGGGCAUCAGCCACCGGAACAGCCUGGAGAGCAUCUCUUCCAUCGACCGGGAGCUGAGUCCCGAGGGCCCAGGCAAGGAGAAGGAGCCGCCUGGACAGACCCUGCACUGGGGGCCCGAGGCCACAGAAGCCACGGGUCGGGGUCUGCAGCCCCUGAAGCUGGACUACCGUGCCCUGGCUGCCGUGCCCAGCGCUGGUGGCGUGCAGAGGGUACCGUCUGGAGCAGCUGGAGCGAAGAUGGCCGAAGCCCCCUGCUCCCCUAGUGGCCAGCAGACAAAACCAGGGGUGAUCCAGCCAUUGGCUCAGGCGUGGCCAAGGGGCUCCCCAGCCCUCAGGGGCAGAGGUUGUCCCCACUCCCCGCCUUCCCCGCCUUCCCCGGAUGAGCUGCCCGCCAAUGUGAAGCAGGCCUACAGGGCCUUCGCGGCCGUGCCCACUUCUCACCCUCCUGAGGACGCCCUCGCCCAGCCCCCCACGCCUGGACCUGCAGCCUCCCCGGAGCAACUGUCCUUCCGGGAGCGGCAGAAGUACUUUGAGCUGGAGGUGCGCGUGCCCCAAGCUGAGGGCCCUCCUAAGCGUGUGUCCCUGGUGGGUGCUGACGACCUGCGGAAGAUGCAGGAGGAGGAAGCCAGAAAACUACAGCAGAAGAGAGCGCAGAUGCUGCGGGACGUGGCAGAGGCUGGGGCCGAAGCGGGGCUCGCCCUGGACGGGGAGGCGCUGGGCGAGGAGGAACAGGAGGAUGAGGAGCCACCUUGGGCCGGCCUGAGCCCCUCCUCAAGGCAGAGCCCCGCGUCCCCCCCACCCCUGGUAAGUGGUGCCCCGGUGCGGACGGCCAAAGCUGAGCGGCGCCACCAAGAACGGCUUCGCGUGCAGAGUCCGGAGCCACCAGCACCCGAGCGUGCCCUGUCCCCUGCCGAACGCCGGGCCCUGGAGGCUGAGAAGCGUGCACUGUGGAGGGCAGCCAGGAUGAAGUCACUGGAACAGGACGCUCUCCGAGCACAGAUGGUCCUCAGCAGGUCGCAGGAGGGCCGGGGCAUGCGGGGGCCCCUGGAGCGACUGGCGGAGGCCCCUUCCCCUGCGCCCACCCCGUCGCCCACCCCUUUGGAAGACCUCGGCCCCCAGACCAGCACCUCCCCGGGACGCCUGCCCUUGUCUGGAAAGAAGUUUGACUACAGGGCCUUUGCAGCCCUGCCUUCUUCCAGACCUGUCUAUGACAUCCAGUCACCGGACUUUGCUGAGGAGUUGAGGUCCCUGGAACCAUCUCCCAGCCCUGGCCCGCAGGAGGAGGAUGGAGAAGUGGCUCUGGUGCUUCUGGGCAGGCCCGCUCCUGGCGCCGUGGGCCCUGAAGAUGUGGCGCUUUGCAGCAGCCGUCGCCCUGUAAGGCCUGGGCGCCGUGGCCUGGGCCCUGUGCCCUCCUAGAGGAGCAGGCGCCUCCCCCAGACUUGGGGUGGGGGCCCUGCCAGCUCCAGCACCACCCUUGCCCCAAGUCUUUUAACCUGGGUGUUAGCAUUUUAAAGAGACCCCGCAGGAAUUCUGGCCUCUGACUAACUGCCCCACCCCAGCCGAGACCUCGGCAAGACUGUAACUAGUGAUGUUUGUACAACCAAAGACUCUAUUUUGUGGUUUAAGGAGAAUAAAGUUGACUACAUUUUA